GUAUAAUUUUCCUGUAAAUGGGAGGAGCAAGAAACUAGAGAGAAGUUAUGAUCGUACACCAGAGACACUGUUUCGGAAAUAUUUUUGCAAUUGAGGCUUUGGAGAACAGUAAAGACGUCCCUGGUGUCUGUGCCCACAAGCAUUAGCCACACCCUCAGUGACGUGCAUGUGUGUGGGUGGGAUCUGCCUGUCCCAAUCAUGCAAGAGUAUCGUUUUCACGGAAAUGGGUGGAGGAAGAAACAGAGUCAGGAAACAAAAGCUGUCAAAGAUAGUGCGGGAGAGACCAGCUCAGCACUGUCAUCUUAAAAAGACAUCAUGGCUUUUAUGAAUCAGAAGCAAUUAUUAGAAACAGAAACACACCCCAUAAUAAAGUGUGUAAUUGAUGAUGACUUCAAGAACCUCAAAAAAUUGCUGAAAAUUAGUGACAUUAAUAAUCUCCUCACAUGCGUGGAAAGUAACGAUUCUAUAACCCCACUUAUAGCUGCUGUUGCAAGUUGCAAGUGGGACAUUUUCAUCUGGCUUCUUAAUGUUGAUGCAAACCCAAAUGUUGUGUCCAAAAAUGGCUUUACAGCUUUGCAUUAUGUCUCACAAUCUCAAGCGCCGCCAAAAUUUGUCCGCAAACUAAUUGAAGCUAAAGCUGAUCCAAAUGUAGUGAUACAGAAUGCAUUUGGCCAGAAAAUCAAACUCUCACCACUUCAAAUUGCUAUCAUGCAUGACAGAGAGGACAUUGUGAAAGAGCUCCUCUCUGCUGGUGCACUGGUCGAUGUGUUUCCUGUCAAUUAUCCUGAACUCAUUCAUUCUAAUGAAAAAUUGGUUCAGGUGAUGAACAGAUUGGCAACCAGUGGAGAUGAACUAUGUUCAAAACUAAGAAAAAUUGUGGAACUGAAAAUUGCUGUGCAAAUGAAAACGCCUAAAGAAGUGUUUGAAACUUUUGGCAGUUACAUGUUGUAUGAGGAUCCUCAGACUCAUUUGACCAUAAUUGAACUUCUUUGUUGUGUAACUGGUGAAUAUACAGAAAAAUACCAACAGCUCAGCAUCAACUGGGUGAAGAAACCUGGAAUGUUCAACUCCUACAUCAAAGGGGCAGUGAGUCGCCUUCCAAACAUUCCCGAAGUAUAUCUAUAUGUACCCAUAAAAUGCUUACUUGCUGUCUUCUGCACAAUGGAGGAGAUAGCAACUGAGCAAGCACUCGUGAUUAUUCCCCAACUACUGGAUCAACUCAAGCCCAAAAAUGGACUGAAUUUGAAUCCAGUAGUAGACAUUCAGCAAAUCAUAUAUUUGAUCACACAGAAAACACAAGUCACAAAUGAAUGGCAUCCCAACUUUAUUGAGAAGUUGUGCAACACAGUUGUUCCUUUUGUGAAGGAUCAAUACUCCACUGAUGUUCGCGUCUACACCUAUGGCAUAGUUGCUAACUUGCUUUCUGUUGAACAAGCUGUAAGCAUCUUUACAUCAGUGGGGAUCACAUCAGUGCCCGAAGACAUCCUAACAUCAGCAGAUAUGAAAAUGAACGAUAAGCUGAAAGAGACUCUCAGAUGUUUAAAAAACUAUUUGAGAAAACUGAAUGAAGAGAGUGAGGAUGGUGCAGCUGUACCCGAAUCCAGGAAGAAGAAGAAGAAGAAGAAGAAGAAGAAGGAGAAAGACCAGCACAACAACCAAAAUGUUGAAGUUUGUGGUCCUUCAACUGAUCCAGCAGCAGUUCCUUGUAAACCAGUGGGAACACAAGAACCACCACACUUUAGCAAGAGGUGGAGGGAGAAGUUAGAGAAGCUUGCAAACACUGAUGAAACCAAAGUGACCAGAAUUGAGAGCAUUAUGUACAUGAAUAAUGUAGAUUUUCGCAUAGCCAAGGGAAGUGAUGGCACUGAAGUUUUCUUGGGGCUGAAGAGUGAUGGCACUGAAGUGGCAAUUAAGAGAAUGUCGAGAACCAACUAUCAAGUGCUGAUGAAUGAGAAAUCACUUUUGCGACUUCCAAAGCUGUAUGACUGCCCUGUUGUACGAUAUAUCGACUUUGCAGAGGACAACACAUUUGGAUAUCUUUGUCUUCAACUUUGUGAAUACACCCUGGAAGAAUAUAUCAAAGAUAAUGAUGGCAGUCUGGAUAAAGAGCAACUCGUGUAUGACAUUCUUGACAGUUUAAGAGCUCUUCAUUGUCAAAGGCCUCAAAUUCUCCACCGAGAUCUCAAACCACAAAAUGUUUUAAUAGAUGUGAAUGGAAGGGCAAGAUUAGCUGACUUUGGCAUUAGUCGACGUUUACCCAAGGGCCAAACAACUUACCGCACACGUAGUGCAGGAACAGAAGGCUGGAUGGCCACGGAGACUUUAAAGGAUGAAGAUGAAGAUAAUGAUGUACGAUACAAGUGGAGCACUGAUAUACAGGUUGCAGGGAUGCUGAUUUACUACAUCCUCUCCGGAGGACACCAUCCAUUUGGGGAAACCUAUGAGCGAGUGUACAACAUUCAUAAAGGGAACUACAAGUUGGACCAUGUUCAAGAUGUGGUUGCAAAGGAUCUCAUCGAGUGGAUGAUCAAUAAAGAGCCAGAGAAAAGACCUAAAGUGGAAGAAUGCUUGAAUCACCCCAUCUUCUGGACCAACACAAAGAAAGUGGAAUACUUGAGAAGGGUUGGAAACAGGAACGAGGUGUCAGUCCGUGAAACGAACCAGGAAUUGGUUUCCUUAGUUGAAGAAUGGGCUGUGGGUGUAUCCUACAAUCAGUGGAAAGACAAGUUUCCACCAGACUUGGUCAAGGAAGUGGAUGACAAGAAGAGGCCCUACCCUAACAACAUAUUUGGAUUAGUUCGUUUCAUUCGAAUACUCCGGGAGCACUAUCCCCACCACAUAGACAAAGUCGACCCACUGAGAAUAUUUCCUCAUCUCUUUGGAUGUAUUUAUAAAUUAACCAAAAGCCAAGGAUGGCAUUUGGAGUGGAGUCUCUUGAAGGAAAUGUUCACAGCAGAUGUGACACGAAGCGCCACCCAAGAUGCAAUGCCACUCACAAACCAUGAAGAUAUCAGUGUCGCUGUUCAAGAAUGUCAGCCCAGUUUCACAGAGACAACGGCAAACGCCACCAUUGUCACAGAUGCACCAGAGUAAAUGUAAAUUGUUGCUAGAAAGUAACACCUAUGAUAGACGGUUGAACUUUACCCUCUAACCUUACUGUUGAUCUGUGGACGGAUUAUUAGCAUUUGCAGAAUUUCUUUGGUGUUGAUGAUGAACUAUUUCGCAAUACCUUUUCAGCAUUACAUAAAUUAAGUGAUUAGAGGCUUCUGUCCGUCCUCUAGGGUCUGUUUACAGCCCCACAGUCAAAUCUGUGGCGGACAUUUGACCACUCCGAUCACACGGCAGUUCAGAGAGCUAGAGCAGCUACUGAUAUUGACUGGUUCACACUUCAUCUACUGUGCAUACAGGUCCUGUCUGAUGCUGCAGCACAGAGGGAAACUUCCUAUGUUCCAGAGAAACCUAAAAAAGGAAGGAUAUGUGCCUGUAUCCGUGGAGAGAAAAAAGUAUUUCUCUUCUUACUCAUUAAACAUGAGAUUCUUUUUAAUAACCUGUGGAUAUUUUUUAUAUUGUCCAUAAAUUCUGUUUUUAUGAAUUUAAAGAAAUGUGAUUGUGAGAUGUUUGUGUUAAAUGUUAUAUAAACAUUAAAUGUUAUAUUUCUGAUUUGAUAUGAAGAUGACAUGUGUACAUGCAGAGAUAUGUAACAAUACUUGUUUUCUGUACAAAAUUCACACAUCUGUCGUUUGUGAUUUAUAUUUCUUGCAACUUGUACUAUUAUUUAGUUAGUUACUAUUAUAUUUCCUUAAUAAAUUGUGUACUUUUACCACAAA